AUGCAUCCUGAUGUAGUGCGUCCUACUGUAAUGCAUCCUGAUGUAGUGCGUCCUGCUGUAAUGCGUCCUGAUGUAGUGCGUCCUGCUGUAAUGCACCCUGAUGUAGUGCGUCCUGCUGUAAUGUGUCCUCCUGCAAUGCGUCCUGCUGUAAUGCAUCCUGAUAUAUUGCGUCCUGCUGUAAUGCACCCUGAUGUAGUGUGUCCUACUGUAAUGCAUCCUGCUGUAAUGCAUCCUGCUGUAGUGUGUCCUGCUGUAAUGCAUCCUGCUGUAAUGCCUCCUGAUGUAGUGUAUCCUGCUGUAAUGCAUCCUGAUGUAGUGUGUCCUGCUGUAAUGCGUCCUGCUGUAAUGCAUCCUGCUGUAAUGCACCCUGAUGUAGUGCGUCCUGCUGUAAUGCAUCCUGAUGUAGUGUGUCCUGCUGUAAUGCGUCCUGCUGUAGUGUGUCCUGCUGUAAUGCAUCCUGAUGUAGUGCGUCCUGCUGUAAUGCAUCCUGAUGUAGUGCGUCUUACUGUAAUGCAUCCUGAUGUAGUGCGUCCUGCUGUAAUGCAUCCUGAUGUAGUGUGUUCUGCUGUAAUGCAUCCUGAUGUAGUGUGUCCUGCUGUAAUGCAUCCUGACGUAGUGUGUCCUGCUGUAAUGCAUCCUGAUGUAGUGUGUCCUGCUGUAAUGCAUCCUGAUGUAGUGUGUCCUGCUGUAAUGAAUCCUGAUGUAGUGCGUCCUGCUGUAAUGCAUCCUGAUGUAAUGUGUCCUGCUGUAAUGCAUCCUGAUGUAGUGCGUCCUGCUGUAAUGCACCCUGAUGUAUUGCGUCCUGCUGAAAUGCGUCCUGCUGUAGUGUGUCCUGCUGUAAUGCGUCCUGCUGUAAUGCAUCCUGAUGUAGUGCGUCCUGCUGUAAUGCACCCUGAUGUAGUGUGUCCUUCUGUAAUGCAUCCUGAUAUAGUGUGUCCUGCUGUAAUGCAUUCUGAUGUAGUGUGUCCUGCUGUAAUGCACCCUGAUGUAGUGUGUCCUGCUGUAAUGCAUUCUGAUGUAGUGUGUCCUGCUGUAAUGCACCCUGAUGUAGUGUGUCCUGCUGUAAUGCAUCCUGAUAUAGUGCGUCCUGCUAUAAUGCACCCUGAUGUAGUGUGUCCUGCUGUAAUGCAUCCUGAUAUAGUGCAUCCUGCUGUAAUGCACCCUGAUGUAGUGAGUCCUGCUGUAAUGCACCCUGAUGUAGUGUGUCCUGCUGUAAUGCACCCUGAUGUAGUGCGUCCUGCUGUAAUGCACCCUGAUGUAGUGUGUCCUGCUGUAAUGCACCCUGAUGUAGUGUGUCUUGCUGUAAUGCAUCCUGAUGUAGUGUGUCCUGCUGUAAUGCACCCUGAUGUAGUGCGUCCUGCUGUAAUGCACCCUGAUAUAGUGUAUCCUGCUGUAAUGCACCCUGAUGUAGUGUAUCCUGCUGUAAUGAACCCUGAUGUAGUGCGUCUUGCUGUAGUGCAUCCUGAUGUAGUGUGUCCUGCUGUAAUGAAUCCUGAUGUAGUGCGUCCUGCUGUAAUGCAUCCUGAUGUAGUGCGUCCUGCUGUAAUGAAUCCUGAUGUAGUGUGUCCUGCUGUAAUGCACCCUGAUGUAGUGUGUCCUGCUGUAAUGCAUCCUGAUGUAGUGUGUCCUGCUGUAAUGCAUCCUGAUGUAGUGUGUCCUGCUGUAAUGCAUCCUGAUGUAGUGCAUCCUGCUGUAAUGCACCCUGAUGUAGUGCGUCUUGCUGUAAUGCAUCCUGAUGUAGUGCGUCCUGCUGUAAUGCAUCCUGAUGUAGUGUGUAAUGCUGUAAUGCAUCCUGAUGUAGUGUGUCCUGCUGUAAUGCACCCUGAUGUAGUGCGUCCUGCUGUAAUGCACCCUGAUAUAGUGUAUCCUGCUGUAAUGCACCCUGAUGUAGUGUAUCCUGCUGUAAUGAACCCUGAUGUAGUGUGUCUUACUGUAGUGCAUCCUGAUGUAGUGUGUCCUGCUGUAAUGCAUCCUGAUGUAGUGUGUCCUGCUGUAAUGCACCCUGAUGUAGUGUAUCCUGCUGUAAUGAACCCUGAUGUAGUGCGUCUUACUGUAGUGCAUCCUGAUGUAGUGUGUCCUGCUGUAAUGAAUCCUGAUGUAGUGCGUCCUGCUGUAAUGCAUCCUGAUGUAGUGCGUCCUGCUGUAAUGAAUCCUGAUGUAGUGCGUCUUACUGUAGUGCAUCCUGAUGUAGUGUGUCCUGCUGUAAUGAAUCCUGAUGUAGUGCGUCCUGCUGUAAUGCAUCCUGAUGUAGUGUGUCCUGCUGUAAUGAAUCCUGAUGUAGUGCGUCCUGCUGUAAUGCACCCUGAUGUAGUGCGUCCUGCUGUAAUGAAUCCUGAUGUAGUGAGUCCUGCUGUAAUGCCUCCUGAUGUAGUGUGUCCUGCUGUAAUGCACCCUGAUGUAGUGUGUCCUGCUGUAAUGCAUCCUGAUGUAGUGUGUCCUGCUGUAAUGCAUCCUGAUGUAGUGUGUCCUGCUGUAAUGCACCCUGAUGUAGUGUGUCCUGCUGUAAUGCACCCUGAUGUAGUGUGUCCUGCUGUAAUGCAUCAUGAUGUAGUGUGUCCUGCUGUAAUGCAUCCUGAUGUAGUGCGUCUUACUGUAAUGCAUCCUGAUGUAAAGUGUCCUGCUGUAAUGCAUCCUGGUGUAGAGCAUCCUGGUGUAGAGCGUCCUGCUGUAAUGUAA